AUGUCUGCCGGCCCUCCUUUCGGCCAACCCUGGUGCGCAAACAUCGGCAGCAACCCUAACAUCAACCGCGAUCCUCCUCCUCCACCGCUCAACGUAGUCCCGGGUAGUGCACCCGUUCCAGCUGCAGCAGGCAACCGAGCUGUAGUCGGGCACCAGCAAGCGCCCAUCUACAGUCCCCCCGUCCCCAUCGGCAUCGCCCCACCCUUCGGCCUCGCCCCCCCGUUCGGCGCAGGUUUCGGCACAGGUAUGUUCCCCUCCAUGCCCUUCAUGGAUCCCCUCAUGUACGGCGGCGGCCCCUUAGCACCAAUCCGCACCGGAAACUUCAUCCCAGGCGCCCACGGCGGAAUCGGCUUCGGCCUGCAUGCAGCGGGCGGCAUGCCCUUCCCGCCCCCGCCCCCAGGCGCCCUCGCAACCGGCGUUGUCCCGCCCUUCGCCCCAACCGUACCCCUGUGGUCCAGCGGCCUGACAUUCGGCAACGUGCCGCCGAUGGGCGCCGGCAUGAUUCCCCCCAUGAUGCCGAUGGGCAUGGGCAUGGGAAUGGGCAUCCCGGGCCACGCGCCCGCACCCCUCGCCGUCGACGGCAACACCGGCGCGCCCCCGCAGCCGCCCCAGGCCGACGUCACCCAGCUCCCGGGCGGCAUACCGCCGGGCGCGACCCACGUCGAGGCCGCAGAGCACACACUCUUCAUCCAGAUCAAAGGCACCGUGUGCCCGUGGCUGUCCCCCGGCGCCCAGCUGUUGACCGAGAUGCUGCACAUUUCGUCGUCGACGGGGCUCAACCGGCUGAUCCAGGUGUGCAACAAUAACGCGGAUGACGAGGGGUGCGAGAAUAUGGCGAUUACGGAGUGUAUUGAGCUCGGCAAUGGGCUGUGGGAGAAGGGGCAGACGUUCAAGUAUGGGGAUGCGGUGGCGCGGGUGUUGACGAUGAAGUGUGUGGGGUGGGAUAAUAGCAGGAAUAGGUUGGGGGGGCAGAGUUUGCAUAUUUGGCUGCACAGGAUUUAG